ACGAGCCAGCCAGCCGUCCGACUCAGAAAAAAUAAAAUAAAAGAGGAAGCAAGAUCUGCAGCGACUCCGGUUCAACUGGUCGCCGCCUCCGCCCUCCUCCAACAGAUCGCUCGCUCGUCUCCUUCUCGCCGCGCCCCGCCGCCCGCCGCCGAUAUGGCCCCCGGGCUCUACUCCGACAUCGGCAAGAAGACCAGAGAUCUGCUGUACAAGGACUACAACACGCACCAGAAGUUCACCCUCACUACCUGCUCCCCCCAGGGCGUCGCAAUCACAGCUGCAGGAACAAGGAUAAACGAGUCCAUCUUCGGCGAGCUGCAAACCCAAAUUAAGAGCAAGAACUUGACAGUUGAUGUGAAAACAAACUCAGAGUCAGAUCUUUUGACGACAGUCACAGUCGAUGAGUUUGGAACUCCAGGGCUCAAGUCCAUUCUCAGCUUGGUUGUUCCAGACCAGCGGUCAGGGAAGCUUGAACUCCAGUACCUGCAUGAGUAUGCUGGAGUGAAUGCAAGCGUUGGGCUUAAUUCCAACCCUACGGUUAUCCUUUCUGGCGUCUUUGGAAGCAAAGCACUCUCAGUUGGUGUUGAUGUUUCAUUUGAUACAGCAACUAGCAAUUUCACCAAGUACAAUGCCGCCCUGAGCCUCACCAAUCCAGAUCUUAUUGCGUCCCUUCAUCUGAACAAUCAUGGUGAUACCUUGACUGCGUCGUACUACCACUUGGUAAAGCACCAUUCAGGCACUGCUGUUGGAGCUGAGCUGUCGCACAGCUUCUCAAGGAAUGAGAGCACUCUAAUAUUUGGUUCUCAGCAUUCGCUGGAUCCCCACACCACUGUAAAGGCACGCUUCAACAACUAUGGCAUGGCCAGUGCCCUCGUCCAGCAUGAAUGGCGUCCCAAGUCGUUCGUCACCGUCUCUGGUGAGAUCGACACCAAGGCAACUGAAAAGAGCACGAAAGUUGGCCUGUCCUUGGUUCUCAAGCAUUAAUGCCAACUGUUUUGGGCUCUAGGAUUUUCUUUUCAGUUCUAGUGGGUUGGAAUAACACGAAAAAACAUGGCCCAAAGUCAUCUUUGCGGCAUCAUUUUGAUCUUGAAUUAUAUAUUUUUUCUCCAUGAUCUGUUUCAUAGGCAAAUAUUAGGAUUGACCUUAUGUUUUGAUCCUCAGCACCUUCUGUUAAUAAUUUCUGGUGAUUGAGACCCAUUGUUAA